AUGGUCUCUCCUUCAAUUCUAUAUGCAACAUUAGUUGCCUGUCUAGUUCCCAGAGAUUCCCCCUGCUCAUCCCAAUACAAGCUGACCUGCAAAGGGUCCUUGAAACCAUUUCUGAGAAAAAGCAGUAUUGUCUCAGCCUAUCCUCCUUCUUUUUCAUUAGUAAAAGAUGGCAGCAGCGGCGGUGGCAGGGCGGGUGAUGGCACCCUAGGAGCCUGCCGGGCCCGUGCCACGCUGGGCCGGGCUGCGAGCAGCACCACCGGUACCGAGGCAGUGCUGCGGGAGCAGCUGAGGCAGCACCAAGUGACAGAGGGACCCCUGGAACGCACCGUGGGCCCGGAGGAGGAGGGAGAGGACAAAGAAUGGUGGCAGCAGGAGCGGAUGGCAGCCGCUCGCCACUUGGUCCUGCGUCUGGUGGGGCUGCUGGGUGCUGGGACCGGUGUGGCAUUCAUCUACAUCUUCAGCAGCAAUGUGGUGGACGAGCACAGGACCAAGAUCCCUGAUGAGUUGGAUGAUGACCCCAUGGACAUCCAGCAGCACCGCAGGAUGUACAAGUACUUCAAGGACCACAGGCAGAUGAUCAUCAAGCCCGCCAGCCCCAAACUGCUGCCGGGCCCCCUGCAUGAAACCUACUACCAGUCCCCCUACACCCUUAUUAUUGAGUUCACUGACAUCCUGCUGCACCCCGAGUGGUCGUUCGUCACCAGUUGGCACUUCAUGAAGCGCCCGGGCAUUGAGAGCCUCCUCCAACAACUCGCUCCCCUCCAUGAGAUUGUCAUCUUCACCUCCAAAACCGGCAUGACCACCUUCCCCCUCAAUGAUAGCAAAUACCCCCAUGUCUUCAUUUCCUACUGCCUCUUCUGUGAUGCCACCCACUACAUGGACAGGCACCACAACAAGGAUAUUUCCUGCCUCAACAGAGACCCCACCAAGGUGGUGGUGGUGGAUUACUGGAGAGAAGCUUUCUGCCUGCAGCCCUACAAUGGGCUGGCACUGCCUUGCUGGGAUGGCAGCUCCAAUAACCGCGUGCUCUACAACCUUACCACUUUCCUCAAAACCAUCGUCCUCAGCGGGGUGGAAUAUGUCCAGAAGGUGCUGGAGAAUUACACGCUGGAGGAGGAUCCAUUGGAGGCUUUUAAACGCCACCAGUCGCAGCUGGAGGAGGAGCAGCAGUGCCUGGCUGAGCUGGCACAGGCAAAGAAGCCGAAGGGGCUUUUUCUGGGCCGCCUGACUGGGUGCUUUUGGCUGUGCUCCAAGCAGCAGUGAUGUCAGCAUGACAUCAUCACCACGGCGCUGUGACUUCAUCACAAAGGUGAUGUGAUAUCACCG